UGACAUUACGGUGAGUAAAUGACAACAUAAUUUUCAUUUUCAUAAUCUCUCCAAGUAUUCAUAAUUCAAAAUCAGUUGAAAAACUUAAAUCUUAUGUUUAAUUAAUUUAAAUGUAUUUUAAUCAUCAAUCAAUAGAAGUAUUUGAUAUUGACUUUAACAGGGCCUUGUGUGUAACAUUUAGCAUGUUACAAUUUCCAUUACAGUCUCUAGUCACUCAAAUUGUAAUAUUAUGCCUCUCAUUUAUAUAUUGCCAUUAAAUUGAAUAGUGCACAGCCUUUAAACACUUUCAGAAAGUCUCUCCAUAACAGGAAGCUUGUCAAGAAGAGUCUCAGAGAUGAAGUUGUAAAAGGUGUGAAUGCUGACACAAAACUCAGUCAGCAAUCACUUUCAUUUUAGUCUGCACACCUCUCGACCUUAACACCGACAAUGAGCAAGGAAUGGACAGCACGCUUGAAAAAUCAACUGAAGAAGAGUCCUUUUUAUUCAAAUGCAAUUAUUGGCUUUUUAAUGGUGGGACUUGAGAAGCUCGUGGAGAUGGACUUUGCAUGUCCUUGUAAACCUGUGAUGAACCUGGUGUUUUCUAUCGCGUAUUUUUUAGUUCCUGCUCUGUUCUCCAGCGCACUCAUGUUUUAUAUUCAUAGCCCACAAUGCAAAACACAGUGUCUGCUCUCCACUUUAACCUGCAUCAUUCCAGCUGGUGUUUGGGUCAUGCUGCUGUUCUUUGAUGGACAGUACUACGCCUGUGCCAAAACCUCCUGGGUAGGACUGACGGUUAAGACGGAUAUAUCUGCUUCAACUACAUGGUGUCAGCCUUUGAUCAAUUCUAACAAUGUCACUGAAAAGCAAAUGGAAUUUUUUGGCUUUCGAAAUACUUCUCAGUUUGUGGGACUGGGCUUCCUGCUUGUGAUCUCUGUUAUCCUAUUUAUAAUUGGAUGUAAGAGGUGUUGCCAUCAAACUGCAGGAACCAAACAACCUGAAGCUGAACAAGUGGAAAUGGAGGAUCCUGGUCAAAGUUCUGCUCGCCCUCCUGAAGGAUCUGCAUUAAUGGAGGAGGAACGCAGUGUGUCUUCUGCACAGCUGUAAAUACAGAAGCUUUGAACAGAGGUCUCGCAAAGCAUCACUUAAUGUUCACAAACCUCAUGUUUAACAUGGUACAAAAAAAGGGAAAACAACGUUUGUAGCACAUUCUCAUCCUGUUUCUCAGACAUCUAGGUGUCACAGAAACCACAUCCUGUAAUUCAGUGCACUGUGUUAAGUAACAUGCUGCCCACAUUUGCUGAAGGUUUUUUUUUUUACGCUUUUGGCUUGGUAUAUUUACUUUGAAGUUUUUAAAAUAAAAAAUGAAAAAUACACUUUGUA